AUGCACUGGGAAUACCUUCCAAUAGCAAUUCGAUUCAUUAGAGAAACAUCAGCUGAUGAACUUGAAGAUGAAACCCAUGCGGUAUCAGGUAUUCAUAUAGUUAUUAAAUCAGAACCAUAUAAUGCCAUAAUAGAUGAUUUUAUCGUGACGGUUAAUCAUAUCCCACAUGUUAAUCGAUACAAAAUCUUAAUUAAUCAUCAUAUAAAUAGCGUACAAGAUGUGGUAUGGCAUCGUGGAGUUAUUGCUAAAGAAUACAAGACAGAUGUAUUACAAGAUUUUGAAUAUUUCAAGAAUAAUGGGUUUAAAGUAUUUCCUCAUGAUCAAUUAAAUAAAGUAUAUUCAAAUAUAUCAAUCCUUAAGAUUAAUGUUGUUUCAAGACAUGAUUAUUUUGCUGAAAUUGUUCAUUCUAAUUUAAAGAAAUUUAUCUUGACUGAUGAUAUCAAUAUUGGUGAUUCAAUAAAUAUCAUAUCAUCACCAUUUAGUUUUACAAAUUCAUUAAUAUUUGGUAAUUUUUAUAGUUCAGGUAUUGUCAAUUAUGUCUGGGGAAAAUAUCACAAUGAUCAGAAGGAGAAACUCUUUUAUUUCACCGAUAUAAAAUACUUAGAAAACAUGAAUGGAGGUACUUGUACCACCACCACCAAUAACAAUAACUCCCCACCAGGCGGGUCCGUGGGGUUAGUAAUGGGAAACCUCCGUAAACUAAAUGGCGACGGUGAUCUCACAGUCAUAAUCUCCUGGAAACUAAUCUUCCAAAUCAUGCACCAUUUCCUCCCACCAAAAUCAAAUUCCUUAAACAAAGCCCUCACCAAUGGCACCACCACCCUCCUCCACCCCGGGACUGAUUUCAAAUCAGAUUCGGUUCUUCCAAUGGUAGUCUCAGACUCCAAGGGCAAUGGCACCUGGGGAACAUGCGUCUACUACAAUGACUCAACCCUCGUCACCAACCACCACGUUAUCCAAGCCUAUAUCCACGGAGGAAGGUGUCAGAUCCACCUCCCCCAUGGAGAGGGAAGCAACAAAGUCAUUGAAUUAUCCGAGAAUGAUAUUGUUAUUACACCAAAUCCGGAAAUCGAUCUUUCAUUUAUAUUCCUCUCCCCGGAACAUUCCAGGAGUUUGGAUAGAUGUUCAUUCAUAAUUCCGAAAUUUGAUUGUGAAGUUGGUGAAGAGAUAUAUACUUCCAGCUAUGGCUUAUUCUUUUCGCCAAAAUCAUUAUCACCCAUUGAAUCAAAAGGGGUGAUUAAUAUGGUGUUUAAAUUGCCAAUUGGGGAUUAUGGGAUGCUGGGAAAUUGUAUAAUCAUCGCAUCGGCAAGUUCAUGGAAUGGAUCGAGUGGUGGGGGGUUGUUUAAUAAACAAGGACAAUUCUUGGGGUUGAUUUGUUCAAAUGCACAAGUAAAGAUGCCGUAUUUGUAUAAGGAAGGAGAAAAAGAUGGACUGGUUGAAAAAGUGGCUAGGUUUUCGUUUAUUUUACCGGUUGAUAUAAUUGAAUACUGUUAUGCGAAUGUUAUGGAUUCGAAAUUGGGUGAUUUGGAUGGUGGGGAUGAUAAGACAGCUAGGGUGAAGAUUAAUUCCAAGAUUUCAGAUCUUUGGAAAUUGAAAGCUUAUCAUCAUGAUAUCAUUAAUGAACCACCAAAGUUGUAA